CACUGCUUACCACCAUCUGGCCUGCUUUCGUCGUUCUCAUCAGACAGCAGAAUGGCGUCUCUCCUCUUGGCCGUGCUGCUGGGGCUGUUCGCGGCUCGCCCUGCUUCGUCUGUGAUUCGAAUCCGCCCCGAGCCGCCGGUUCCCCGCAAUUGGCCUUGUCCGUCAGCCGAGGAAAUUGACCCUUGUAUCUGCGAGGCGGAUACUGAUCUGAACCUGAACCUGAACUGUUCAGGUGUGAUUGACGAUGCCGAGCUGGCACGAGUAUUUUCGGCUCUGUUUCCAUUCGAUGAUUUUCAGAGUUUCACUAUCAUUCAAAACAGAGGGGAUGCUACACAUAAUAUAAGAAACCUCGAGUCAGGCGUUUUUGGGGACAUUACUUUCGAGUAUGUGAACAUCAUGGGCACCAAAAUCCAGACUAUUAGCGAAAACGUUUUCCUGAAAUCCCAUGACAGACUUAAACAUCUUGCUUUGUCUGGUAAUUUAAUUAGCAAUUUUCCUUUUGAAACUCUCUCAUCUUUUUUGAAACUUGAAACAUUUGCCAUCGACGACAAUAUGAUAAGUCUGCUCCCAAAUCUAGAAUCAGAUUCCCUGAUUUCUUUUAGCAUAAAUGAGAAUGUAAAUCUGAAAUUCGACAUUGAUGUGUUCACAAAGGUUCCGAAUCUGCAGUCGAUUUCCAUGAAAAGCAUCAGCCUCUUGUCUCUUUCACCCGGGAUGUUUACAUCGCAAACGACUCUCACAACGCUCAGGCUGGAUAACAAUUUACUGACGGAACUGAAAGAAAAUGCUAUUGAUCCCUUGAACUCGCGACUCAAAGAACUCUCGUUUGCUGGCAACAGAAUCAAUGAAGUCACGCACGAUGCAAUUCACGGGAUGGUUGACGGUUCCCACCUGUCUUUCGCUAGCAACCUUAUCCAAACACUCCCAGUCGAGAUCUGGAAAGGCAUUUUCAGCCAGGUGUCGCCAGACGGAAUCAUCGACUUAAGUGACAAUCCUCUGGAAUGCGGCUGUGACAUCAAGUGGCUUAUGAUCGACUAUAAAGACGAUUACCUGCAUCUGUUGUCCCGCGAGUCGGCCUGCAACAGCGGAGAAUUCGUUAGCGAUUUAAAUCCCGAUUUCUUCGAUAAAUUUUGCUGAUGAUCGAAGCCUUGUGCGACUCUCUGGUUUUGUUUGAACAAUGGUUUGGUAAUACUU